AUUAAUUCAAAAUCAACAUGGCAAUCAAAGCUCCAUUUCAACUUUUGAUGCUGUUGGGAAUUAUUUCCCUAGCUUCCUCACUCUCUGUCUCUUCUAGACAUGAUCAAGAAAACCCUAACCCUUUUUUGUUUAAGUAUAACCGUUUUCAAACUCUUUUCGAAAACGAAAACGGUCACAUCCGUCUCCUUCAAAGGUUCGACAAACGUUCGGAGAUAUUUGAGAAUCUUCAAAACUACCGUCUUUUGGAAUAUAAUUCUAAACCUCACACACUCUUUCUUCCACAACAUAAUGAUGCUGACUUUAUCCUUGCAAUUCUAAGUGGGAGAGCCAUUUUAACCGUGUUGAACUCCAAUGAUAGAAAAUCCUUUAACCUUGAGCGCGGUGAUACAAUUAAACUUCCUGCUGGCACCAUUGCUUAUUUGGCAAACCAAGAUGACAAGCAAGAUCUUAGAGUAUUAGAUCUCGUCAUCCCACUAAACAAACCCGGUCAAUUUCAGUCUUUCUUACUUUCCGGAAGUGAAAACGAACAAUCCUUCUUAUCUGGGUUCAGCAAGAACAUUCUAGAGGCCUCCUUCAAUGCUGAUUAUGAGGAGAUAGAGAGGGUCCUUAUAGAAGAGCGAGAGAAAGAGCCACAACACAGAAGAGACCUUAGGGAUAGGAGGAGACAUCAAAGCUCGGAAGCAAAUGUAAUAGUCAAAGUAUCAAGGGAACAAAUUGAGGAAUUGAGCAAAAAUGCUAAGUCUAGCUCCAAAAAAAGUGCAUCUUCUGAAUCUGAACCAUUCAACUUGGGAAACCGCGACCCUAUUUAUUCCAACAAGUUUGGCAACUUCGUUGAAAUCACCCCAGAGAAAAAUCCACAACUACAAGACUUAGGUAUACUUGUCAAUGCAGUGGAGAUUAAAGAGGGAUCUCUUUUGUUGCCACACUACAAUUCAAGGGCCACACUUAUUGUAGCAGCUGUUGAAGGAAAAGGAGAAUUUGAACUUGUGGGCCAAAGAAAUGAGAAUCAACAGGAGCAAAGAGAAGAAGAUGAGGAAGAGGAAGAAGAAGGACAAGACAGAAGCAGACAAGUGCAAAGGUACAGAGCUAGAUUGUCUCCAGGUGAUGUCUUUGUGAUUCCAGCAGGUCAUCCAGUUGCUGUGAGUGCUUCUUCAAAUCUCUAUUUAGUUGGAUUUGGUAUCAAUGCUGAGAACAAUCAGAGAAACUUCCUCGCAGGUGAGGAGGACAAUGUGAUAAGCCAGAUACAUAGACCAGUGAAAGAGCUUGCAUUCCCAGGAUCUGCUCAACAAGUUGAUAGACUAUUAAAGAAUCAAAAGCAAUCUUACUUUGCAAAUGCCCAGCCUCAACAAAGAAAGGAAGAAAGUCAGAGGAAAAGGGGUCAUGUAUCUUCAAUUUAGGGAGUUUUCAAUGAGUGAUCAAAUAAUAUGAAUGUAUGCUAUAAAGAGCUAUACUACUAGCUCAUAGUGAGCAAAAAAAAUAAAACGGCUUUUCUUGUAGCAAUAACUAGAGUUCUACUUUUCUACCAUGAAUAAAUAAA